AACGUAAACCUCGACUUUUAUUAACAAGGCAUUAUGAGUAUUGUUGCGAUGAGAGUGUGAAAAAUAUUCAUGAUUAUUUUAAGAAGCAGAAGGCUUUUUCUUGGUGCAUUCAUGACUAUGUUGAAUACACGAUUGUAAAUGAGCCAAAGCUUGAUUUCUUUCAAGCUCUUAAUAUGUUCACAAGUAGUUUGAAUACUCUAAAUCAGAACUUUUCUAUUCCCGUUUCGGAAACAGUAUACCUUAAUGCAAAAACAGAUGCCUUUCAAACUCGCAGUCAGAAUCUCUAUUAUCUGUGGGAACUUCAGGAACACUACGAACUUCAGGAACUCCGCGAACUCCACCGCAAACUUUCCGACAAUCGAAAUUUAGCAGAAGAAGUAAGAGAAGAAGUCGCUAGGGAGCUAUCAAUCAUACGAGAUGCUAAUUCUGAAGUAUGGACAACGACAUUGGAAGGUUAUAUUAAUACUGUCAUCGAAGAAAAUAAAGAAAUAAAGCCCAGACUAAAGUAUCAGAUGAGGAAGAACUUUUUAGACUAUAUUGUGAAAAAAUUUUCAUUGAUUUAUAUCAAUCCUUCUAUGAGCAAAAAGAUCAGUGAAC